AUGCAAGCGUCUGUCUAGAAGAAAUUUGAUUGGUUAAUUUUCAUUCAGCGGAAAAGUUUGAAUGUUUACAUAUUCUUGGAAAGCAGAGACAUAAAAAAUAUUCGGGAACACUAAUUAGACACAAACAUGGAUUGUGAUUUCUUACGUGCUGAUCAGUUACUGCUGCCAUCAAAUGAAAAACACCGUUCAUUUAGCACCAGUACGCCCUUUCUGCAUGCUCCAGAACAUAAGUUACGUUCACUGUCAGUCAGUGUCUGCUCUACAACAGAAAAUGAUAGCGGUCUUGGUGCAUCUCUAUCAGAAUUUUCUGUCACAAGUUUUGCUAAUGCCACAGGAGCCUGUCCAACUAUAACAGUGUCUGUUUGCAAGACUCCCACAACAUGCGGAGAAAUUCCUUCAUUCUGUGGACCACACUUAGACAUUUGUGUCAGUCCUGUCUCUUCAAAAAGGUUUUCGAUUCGAAGGCUCGAGUCUGACUUUAAUUCACGAAAAAGUUUUUUGGCUCGCAGAAGCUUGGACUCAGAUUUCAGUUUUAGUGAAGGAGAUGACAGUUUUGAUGAAUGUAAUAGGACCUUGAACACAGACGAAAGCAAAGCUUCAAGGGCACUUAACAUAAGUAUUCCAAGAAAGUUGGACCUUGAUCUUAAUAUAUAUGACAGUAAUGAAGAUGUUUGUACAGAAUCCUCACCAUAUUUAUCUGCUCAACAUGAAUCUCAGUUAGCUUCGAAGUUUGAUGAAAUAUUGGAGAAGUUUUCACCGGUUGUGAGUGAUCGACUUAUUGGAAGGAAGAUGGGACGAGAGAAAGUUGAUAUCCUUGGAGAACUCAGUGAUAGAAGUAUAAGUUGUACAUCCACAAUAUUGUCUUUUCUGACUCCACAGGAUCUCUGCAGAAUGUGUAUAGUGAGCAGACAGUGGAAGUCUGUGUGUGAAGCUGAUAAACUGUCCAAUCAGAGAAGGAGAUGGUUUCUACGACAACACCAGGAAAUUUACAGGAAAAGAGGCAAGGAGAAUGCUGGGAAAAGAUCAGUUACACCACAGACAAGAGCAGCUGCUGUUCCCUUACAAGACCUACCAGUAUUACAGGAAUGUGUAGAUACCCCAUGUCAGGACAUUGUUAAAACCACUACUGAACAAUUUAUGGCAGUGGCAUCAAGUUUGAAGAACGACGAGAAACUUCAGAAAUGUCCACGGUGUCGGAAACCGGCAAAAGUACUGCCUGUGCAGGACCGAGGAAAGUGUCAAAAUCAUGACUGUAACUUUGAUUACUGUGUAAAGUGCCUUUGUGAAUUCCAUGGGUCUAAAGAAUGUGCACCUAUAGUAACAAAAAAGACGAAAACGGACGCAAUAGGAACUCGGAAAAGUAAAAAGAAUUUAAAAAGGUUAUGAUAGGGAAUUAAAAUGUCGCAUGAAGUAUUUUCAUGAAAAUACAGACCUGUGAUAUCUAAAGUACAGCUAGUCAUUCCAGAGUUGCCGAGGGUGUUCAAGACAAGACAAGUUUCUCCAAAUUGUUCACACCUUACAGACAGUGAUAACCUUGAGGAAUCUUAUUGAAACAGUAUUACAAAUUCAUUUUAAUACCAGAAAGUGUUCAGAUAAUUUUUUUUAUGAUCAGUGCAUAUACCGAAUGUGUUCAGAGAAUCUACUAUUUUUAUAGCAAUGCUUAUUAGUUCAGAAUGGUUUAAAAAUUUAUUUUUUUAAACCUUUGGUGCCAUAUCAUUUUAUAUAUUUAUUUACAGUAUUCCUUUAAAAGGGCUGAUUUUAGAAUAAUCUCUUUUUGAUUUAUUUUUUAGCUCGACUAUUCGAAGAAUAAGUAGAGCUAUCCUACUCACCACGGCGUCGGCGUCACACCUUGGGUUAAGUUUUUCGUACCAGUCCACAUUUUGACAAAGUCUUUUGAGAUAAAGCUUUGAAACUUUCAACACUUGUUUACCAUCAUCAUGGCCAGUUAUAGGCAAGAGCACAUAACUCCAUCAAGGAUUUUGGCUGAAUUAUGGCCCCUUUUGACUUAGAAAUCAUGGUUAAGUUUUUCGUACCAGUUCAUAUUUUGACAAAGUCUUUAGAGAUAAAGCUUUGAAACUUUCAACACUUGUUUACCAUCACCAUGUCCAGUUAUAGGCAAGAGCAUAUAACUCCAUCAAGGAUUUUGGCUGAAUUAUGGCCCUUUUUGACUUAGAAAUCUGGGUUAAUAUUUUGUACCAGUCCACAUCUUGACAAAGUCUUUUGAGAUAAAGCUUUGAAACUUUCAACACUUGUUUACCAUCACCAUGUCCAGUUAUAGGCAAGAGCACAUAACUCCAUCAAGGAUUUUGACUGAAUUAUGGCCCCUUUUGACUUAGAAAUCAUGGUUAAGUUUUUCGUACCAGUUCAUAUUUUGACAAAGUCUUUUGAGAUAAAGCUUUGAAACUUUCAACACUUGGUUACCAUCACCAUGUCCAGUUAUAGGCAAGAGUACAUAAUUCCAUCAAGGAUUUUGGCUGAAUUAUGGCCCUUUUUGUCUUAGAAAUCUGGGUUAAUAUUUCGUACCAGUUCAUAUUUUGACAAAGUCUUUUGAGAUAAAGCUUUGAAACUUUCAACAUCUGUUUACCAUCACCAUGUCCAGUUAUAGGCAAGAGUACAUAACUCCAUCAAGGAUUUUGGCUGAAUUAUGGCUCUUUUUGACUGAGAAAUCUUGGUUAAGUUUUUCGUACCAGUUCAUAUUUUUUGUAAAGUGUUUGACAUAUGGCUUUGAAACUUUUAUCACUUGUUUAGUAUAAUAGUCUCUAUCUGUAGGAAAGAGAACAUAACUCUGUCAUCUAUUUUGGCUGAAUUAUGGCCCAUUUUGGACUUUGAAAUUGGUUCUGUUUCCAUACAAGUCCAUGUUUGGCAAUAUUAUUUGACAUAUGGCUUUUAAACUUUGAACACUUGUUUAUCAUUAUGAUUUCCAUCUGUAGGCAAGAGUACAUAACUAUUUUGACUGAAUUAUGGCCCUUUUUGGACUUUGAAAUUGGCUCAUAUAUUGCCAUUUAGUGCAAGACUUAUCGAAAUCAAAGUAAUACAGGAACAUUGUUUGUCUAAUCUAUUUAUUUCUUUUGUCUGAAUAUCCGUGGAAAUAUUUUGACACCAUUCUUCAAUCAAUUCUUCGAAUAGUCGAGCGCGCUGUCAUCAGACAGCUCUUGUUUUAUUCAUUCUUAAACCUUAAUUGAUACAGCUUAGUACUUUUUUAACAGACAGUAAAGUGAUGCUGUUGAACUGUCAGUAGAAAAUUGGUUAAAAGUGCACAAAAAACAAGGGUGUCUUUAGAUGUCCAUUAGUCAAAGUCACAACAAUUCUACAUAGGGUGGCAUUAGUGCAAGAGAUCGAACCAUGAAUGCUUGAGUCUGUAAUUAAGUCUUCAGACUCUAAAGUUUACUUAAGACCUCUAUUAUUUAUAUUGUUAAAAUUCAGGCCUCGAUCUUGACGGUAGCCCGAGGCUACCAGUUUUUCAGACGGACUACCGAAUUUUCCAAGCUGGGUAGUCCGUCGGGCUACUAAGUUUUCAAACAUGUUAAUAAUAAAAGCGUGAAGUUUCACCAAUUUAUCUGAUGUUUCAUUUUAAAUGACAACAAUAUUUUCGGUCCGCAUAACUUUUUCCGAAAUUUAAAUCCCUUAAUUUUCACAAUAAUUACAAAAAGAACUUCAUGAAUCUGAAAUGUACAUCCUAAAUACUAGCUUUCGUAUAUUUAUGCAUGAAUUGAUGACUUCAGAUUUGCAAUAUAUAAAGUAACUUUACAAAAUUCAGAAAUUGCAUCCCUAAAAAUUACCUGGAUUGAAUGGAAUUUACCCGCGAAUCGUAAAGAUAUCAAAACGUCAUGCCAGUAAUUUUCCAUUCCACGAGCACGUGCGACCUAUCGUUGAUGUUACUUAAAUGUUUAUCGACACGUACACAAAAAACGCUUGUAGUGCAUUCAUUUUUUAAUAUAAUCGCUUCAAAUUUUCAGCACCGCUUUAGAAAUAAUACAGUUUGAAUUCUAUAACGAUUUUAAUAAGAUGUCGACAGAAAUGUAGGCAAAAUUCUAUAAAAACGAUCGAAGUUUCAUACAAUUAUUUGUAAAAUUUCAAACAGCGCGAUCUUAAUUAUUUAUUUAUUUCUAAAAGUAAAUAAAUAAUACAUACUAUGGUCAUAAGAUUCAGACUUUUGACAAGAAAGUACAAAAAAUGAAUAGGUUACGGGACCUCGUGAACGUAAAUAAAAACAAUGAUUGUUUUAAAAUAAAGCAGUAUGAUGUCGCUGUGGUUUUUAAUAAGUUUAAUAAGUAAAUGAAUCUUUGUACAUGUCUUUUUUGACUCGACACUAUGUCAGAUAUUCUUUUCAAACAAUAAUGUAAAUUCCUUGAGGGCAAAUAGGUCACAGAGGUAGGAUAUCUACUAUUAUCGUUUGACACAUUUACCUGUCAGUUUAUACGGGAUAUUGCGCAUUCGCUUUUAAAAAAAUUUAAAGAAGAUACUUUUUUACUGAUUUCGUCUCAGCAAUUUAAAGAACCGAGGCCGUACGAUCAGACAGUGAUGUGUCACAUGGCGCGAAAAGAUGACGUAAUACCAUGACAAUCUCGGGCAACUAAACCCCUUUGAUCUCCGCUUUAGAUGCCAUGAUACCGACACACUUCUUUUAGCUCUUUGAGGGGGGUUUAAUUGAUGAUGAAAACAAGGCCAAUUACUUGUUUAUCAACAGAAUAAUUACCGAUAAUUGUUAAUGUUUUUUUUCCGCUUUAAACACGGGUGGGUUGAUGAUGAUUAUAGACAUUAUUGUGUCCACGUCGCCCCGGAGGUCUGUGAUAAUAGGCUACAUUUACUUGAUCAUAAUGCAAAAAAAACAAAUACCGACCUACCGACCCUACUUUUUUUUGGCCAUGCCACUAGAAACACAACAUUUUUUGGGGGUGGGGGGUGGGGCUAACCAGGCUGAUCCAUUAUUGCAGUUAAAUUUGAACAGCUACACUAUAUUUUAAAGGUCCUGGCUAAAAAAAGUAAGUUUUAGAAGGGUAGUGCAAAUUUGAACCCUACGCCUGGCAUAUAACUAGAUACUGGUAUAGGUCUUACUUUUUUUCUACAGUUUUCUCCCAUAAUUUCUGUCUGCUAGUUACUUGAAUAUUGUAACAUGGUUAUCCACUUACGUUGGCUUAGCCUGCCCAUGGAUAGUGUGGGUAGGUUUGUUGCCUACCAUUUAAAUAACUGAAUGUUGAAUCAAGCAUAAACUAAAAUACAUCAUAUUUAUAAACAAAAUGAUUUCGGGCAAUUAAAAAUGUUGUCUGGCAAAUGGUUUUCUUAACUUACUUGCCUGAAAGGACAAUUGCUGAAAAAAAAAAUUAAGGUGAAGACUGUAAUAUAUUUUUCUCUUUUCCAAAACGGGACUACCAGAAACCUGGUCGGGCUACUUGAUUUCACAAGUUGGUAGCCCUGCUGGCUACCAGCAAAAGUAGGUUAAGAUCGAGGCCUGAAAUUGACAUAGAUUUUAAUGAAACAUUGCAUGAAUAUGUAUUCAAACAUGACAGACCAAAAUCUCAGCAAAAUUUCAUACACAGAACAAAUACACUAUAACUACAAGCAAAGUUUAAACAAAUUUAAUUUUUGCAGUGAACUAUUCAAGACUAAAGUUUUGAUGAAUAUGACCCCAGGAGCUGCUCAUCAAACAUAAUCUUUAUAUUAUACAUAAAUAAACAUGGGCAUUUUCACUUUUAAUAACAAAAAGGCAGUGUUGUAAAUCUUACUUAAAAAUAUAAAUGACAAGACAUUUGAUGGAAGUGCAUGCAGAAACUGGUCAGAGUUUUAUGUUGUAAUGUUGCAAUGAUGUUUUAUAAUAAAAUGCAUGUUUUAUAGCAAUUUUUUAUAAUUUUAUAAAUAUGUAUAGUUUAUAUUGAAUAAAUUGUAAAAA